UCCCCUCCCUCUUCCCAGCAGCAGCAGCAGCAGAGGCCCAGGGUUCAGAAGUUUAUUUCUUCCGCUCUAAAUCUCUCUGUACUGGAUGUCCACAUCACUGUUGUCCGGAAACGACAGCUGUUGCAACAUCAUUCAGAAGUGAUCGGUCAGCUUCCUAUUGAUCCUCAUUGCAGAAUGUUGGAGACACCGGUGAUGAAACUGUUUUAGCUGCCUGAGCUUCAGGAGAGCAGCUUGGUCUUAGGGGUCUCUGUGCCAAGGAUCGGGAUCAGACUUAGAGGUGAGAGUGGGAGCCAGCGUUGGAUCGCAACACAAUGGAGGAAGAGUGACCCGAUCAAAAUCGGUAUCCCUUUAAACAAGGUUAUAUAAUUGAAAUACGAUCAAAUACAAGUUUAAAAAAGAGGCGACCCCUCCAAACAAUCUUCUCCAAUAUGAGCCUCUGCAUAUAUGCUGUAAACUUCUGCUCUAAUCCACAGACAAAAACCUCAUGGACUGUAUUAGGAUAAUGGCUGCUCACCAGCAACAUCUGCCACUGUAAUCUCAAGAUUUUUGACUGCAUGCACUUGAUUUGGCUAACCAGUUAAAACAUAAAAAAAACCAGCUAUUAACAUGGUUUAGAAGCUGUUGUAUUGCAUUAACCACUAAUAAAUCCUAAUGAAAGCUAACAGACCUGAAAAGAGACUGAAUGGUGAAAUUAUUUGCUUAACAUGGCACAAACUGCUUUGAAUUAUCAGUCUCACAGAUUUAACAGAUGGUUUGAGGUUAAAGUGGUAUCCAGUCAUCAUCACGUCUGAGCAGCAGUGAGAACACAUGUCUCACAGUUACACAACCGACAGUGAAGUAAAAGAUGAUUAGAGCAGGAAAGGGAAAGGAAAUCAGAGAAAUAUCCCGUACGAUAUCAUCAGCUGCAGAAUAAUGCAAACUUAAGUACGUUAAAAUGACUUUGCGAUGGCCUUUAAGUCUGCACGGAUCAUGUGCUGACGCAGGGAGAUCAGGUUGUCAUCAUUGUGAGAACUUGACUCGACCUCGUGAAUGCAGAAAUUAGAUGAGCUAUUUGCAGAAAUCCAUGCUGCAGCGCAUUAGAUGAAAUGAAUGCAGGGUGCAUGUACAUUUGCACGUAUGCGUAUGUGUGUUCCUUUUGUAACUGUUUCCUCCUGCAGGCUCUUCAGAGCAUCAUCUUAUGAAUCAGCGUUGCUAAAGAGUUUGUUCUCUGUGUUCUCUGUCUCUCUGUUUGAGAGCUGGAGCUCACUGCACAUUUUGAGCAAAGUGCUACCUGAAAAAUAACCAAAAAACAACAAAUGCUUCACCAUGUAAUUUUACUUUUGUUGUUGUUCUUGGUUUGGGAAUUAUCUGUUACUGAGUAAAACAACUGAACAAACAGCAGUUUCUCUGCAGGCUCAGCAAAUUCUAUGUUGAAGUACUUCCGCAAAUCUGAUGUCAUUAUCUUUCUAUGGUUUGUGCAGUGGUGACUCAUUUCAUGAUAAUGUAUUUUGAUUAGAUGGAAAUUCUUGAGGCAAGCCAACAUUCAUCACAUAAUAUUAAGGCUUUGCAAAAACAUAAUCCUAAAAUUCUGAAUGUUAACCUUGCGGUGAUGCUAGUGGAAAGGUCAGGGGCUCACAGGGUCAGUAGGAUUCAUCCACUGUACCAAUAGUGGUGGACUGAGUGUCCAACACUGCCAUAGAGCCACGCUGCUAGCAUAGCUAAAAACCAACACAAAGAGUCUUUGUAAGGUGCUGAGCCAGCACAAGCCACCAGAACUGAUUCAGUGCAGCUGCACAGAUUCUGCAGGUUUCUGAAACCCUCUCGGAGGGAUGAACACCAUUCCUCCAAAAUAUAUUCUCUAAUUUGGUUUUGGCUAAUGGUUGUCAGAGCGAUCACAAACACGCUGCUCCAAAAUCUGCCCAACUAUUCAGUUUGGUUGAGACGUGGUGACCGUGAAUGCCAUAGCAUAUGAUUCACAUCAUUUUCAUCCCCGAUACACCAUUCACCAGGCCCUAGUGCCCUAUAUCUAAGCAUCUGCAUUCAUUAUGUUUACUGACUUAUACUGUAUAUUCAGUCUUUCUUUUAAUUUGUCAUCUGUCUACAUGUCACAUGAGUGGAAAUUAGGUUUCUAGUCAUAAGAUGAUGGCUACAGGUUUUCUUUUUUUCAUAUAGAAAAUUGUUGAGACUACUUAUAAUUUAAUAAUAACAAUAAAAACACAUGAUCCAGUCUAAAGCAGCUUCCUUUAACCAAAGCUGAAAAGGUCAUUUUGAUACACCAACAGAACACCAUGAGCAUCAGAGACAACUCUCAGCAAUCCAGGCUGAUGAAUUCAUUUUUUCCCAACACUGAUCAUUUGAAGUUUGAUAUGUUCUUCUUUUAAAUUCAUUUUUCUAAAUCUGAGUCAUUUUUAAAACACAAAAACGUGACAUGCUGCAUGUCUGAAACUGUCUUACUCAUCCACUGUGACAUUAACAUGGUUUAGAGCGGCGACGACCUCUUGAGGCCACCAGUGCUGAUUACAUCCACACAAACUCAUUCUUUAUUUUUUGUGGCAUUGGUAGGUGAGUUCAGGAGUCAAGGUUUUCAUGAUUGCUAAAUAAAAUUGUACAGGUUCAUCUCUGAGUUAAAACAUCAAUAAAAUAAUAUGAUAUCCUUCUCUCUUCCUAUCACACACACAUGAAGAGUGUGCACAACAGGUAACCACCAGAUGGAGUGAGAGAUCAGCAAAACAUAAUGUUCUUGAUCGACAGUGUGUCAUUAAUGCAAAGGCUGGGCAGCCAUGCAUAAACGUGCUGUUUUCCUUUGUUUUUUAUUAUUAUCUAUUUUAGAAGAUUCCAUCCUGGAGACUUUUGAGUCAACAGACUGCUUUUAUUGAUGUGGCAGUGUUUGGUAAACUCCUCUUCUUCUGUGGUGCUGGUGUCAGACCUGCUUAUUGUGCAGCAGCUUCCUCUGUCCCUGGAUGUUCUUUGACCAAAACUCAGGAUCUGAAAUGCUACUUGUUUUUUAAUCAAUAUGGUUUAAAAUUAACUUAUUAUUAUGGAAUUUUGUAAUACUUCACAGUAGUUUGUGAAACUCUUCAGGCUCUUUUUGUCUGUCUCCGUUUUACCUUUCUUUCUUUUUUUUUAGUUUUCCUGUAUGUGUGGUUAUGUUUAUUUGAUAUUUCCUGUAUGCAUGUGCAUAUUCAUACUCUACUACACACACAAAGAUGUUAUCUUACAUUCAGAAAAAAAUCAGACUUGUGUAAAGGAAAUGUUGUCUGUGUAUAUGUGUGUGUGUGUGUGUGUGUGUGUGUGUGUGUGUGUGGAGGAGACGGAGGGCAGUGAAAGUGACAGAUUAAAAAGAAGAAACAAAGUGGGAGGGCAACAUGUGCAACAUGUGAUGGAAACACAAACCUUGUCCUGGGCCAAAGGGACAUAUCAACAAAGAGAGGGGUGGAAAAAAGGAAGAUGGAGGUGAAGCUGCCCACCCAGGAAGCCCAGGAUGAGCCUGACCUAGAAGGAGCCAAAUCCUCACUCAGAAGGUAAACACACACAUAUGAUAUAGGCCCCUAUGGAUGCAGGGCCCCAUAGCUUUGGAGAUGUGGACCCCUGAACUCUGCAGGAUGGGAGAGGGUAUUGAAGGGGAACAACACCCGCUGGCAGGUUGGAGGGGCCCCACAGAUUGAUGUGCGUGUGAAACCAGCCGGGCCACAUAUCGCGCAGUGCCUGGUUCAUUGUGCGGUGAGUCUCUGCCGCAGAUUCAUGCGUUUGCAUCCCGCCUGGGGACUCUCAUCUGAACAUAAGGUAAAUUUAAGUGCUGUCAAAACAAAGUUAAAAGGCAAACUUUGAAUGGUGGACUGACAUGAUGCCCUUUUGGCUUUCUGUGGAAUAAAAAACUUUAUUAGACUGCUCCUAUAGAGACGUAGAUUAACUCUAUAGGGAGUUAGGCCAUUUACUAUGUUAUACUGGUCUGUGUGCUGUUGCAUCAUCACAGUGUUCCUAUAAUAUUACUAUAGGGGCUUGUGCAUCAGCCAUUAUAAAUGAAAGUUGUACUUUAAAACUGUUCUUAAGUACGGUACUUGAGUAAAUGUACUCAGUUACUUUCCACCAGUUUUUUCUUUACAUCUGUUGUGACAACUGCAAGACAUUCCACCACCACAGGGUCAGUGUUUCAGUAUAAUGGUUGUUACUUGUGAAUUAAUUUGUCCAUUCACAGCAGUACCAUGUGUACUACACAGCAGUAUAACAGUCCCCCUCCUUGCAGGCGGACAUGGCACAGCCUCACAGAGAUGCACCGACAUUAUCCAUUCACUGCACACAGCCCAGUGCAAAAAACUGCAAGAAACCAAAGUGCACAAGAAAAAAGCCCUGUUAUGUUUUUCCGUCUUUGAUUUGUAAAUACCUCUGUUCCAGUGUGACAACUUCCAGGCUUGUAUCUUAUAACCAUCAAACAUUUACAUGAGAAAGUUGACAAAGGCUGAAACAGCGGAGGAGGCCUCGCAACAAAGAGGCCCAUUUAUAGUGUACAGUCGGGGAGAGACAUGGAGAGGGAGGGUAGGAGGAGAAGCUGGGAGGAGAGUUGAAUUAAUGAAUUAAAAAUGUCGUGAAACAGCGGCCGAGUGAAUACUUUUGGGCUUAUAUAGAGAGGCAUGCAGGGGGGUCCUGGAGGAGUGGACAGUCGGAGCCUCUUUAACUUCUCUCUGCGUUGGGACACACAGACACAGGGCUCCCUCUCUGGUUCACAUGCAGGAAGAAGUGCUCAUCUGAUUACAUAAUGACCCAGUAAGACUGAGCCAGAACCGGUACUGCCAGUGCCAGUGUGCUGGGAGACACUGACUGACCGCUGGCUAAUCCCCAUCCAGGCCUCUUCUCUGACGAGGGGCUCAUGUUUUUUUUUUUUUUUUUAAGAGGUUUUCUUUUUUAGAAUAAAGGAUGACAACGACGUAGAAGGACCGCAAAGAAAACUAAGAAAACAAUGUGAUGUCAAAGUGAGAGUGAAAUUUAUUAAAUCUUCAAGUUUCCAAGCUGCGGUUGAAGUGAAGUUCUGCUUGAAGUCAACAGAAAGCGCCAGCCAUGACCUCAGCCACUCCCCCCUCCUCAGAAGGCUCCUCCCCACAGAAAGUAUGCCACUCCCAGACACAGACAGACAUCACCAAGCCCCUGCUGGGCUCCCCAGGGGUGGCCGGAGGUAAUGGCACAGGUGGAGGAGGAACGGGAGCUGGAGGGCCUAAUGCUCUGAGGAGGAGGCGCCGUGUCCUCUCCAAAGAUGGACGCAGCAAUGUGCGAAUUGAGCACGUAAGCGGACGAGGGGCGCUGUACCUCCGCGACCUCUGGACGACUUUUCUGGACAUGCAAUGGCGCUACAAGUUCUUCCUCUUCUCUGCCACCUUUGCUGGGACCUGGUUCCUGUUUGGGGUACUUUGGUACCUGGUAGCAAUGGUACAUGGAGAUCUAUUGGAGUUUGACCCCCCCUCCAACCACACCCCGUGUGUCAUGGAGGUGAAGACCCUGACGGGGGCCUUCCUCUUCUCUCUGGAGUCUCAGACCACAAUUGGCUACGGUUUCCGGUGCAUCACGGAGGAGUGUCCCGUCGCCAUCGUCCUGCUCAUUUUUCAGCUGGUUAUCACCAUGGUGAUGGAGAUCUUCAUCACCGGCACCUUCCUUGCAAAGGUUGCUCGACCCAAGAAGCGAGGCGAGACGGUGAAGUUCAGUCAACACGCUGUUGUGUCAAAUCAUGAGGGUCGUCCCUGCCUCAUGAUACGAGUGGCCAACAUGCGCAAAAGCCUGCUGUUAGGAUGCCAGGUGACGGGGAAGUUGCUUCAGACGUCCCUGACAAAGGAAGGUGAGACGGUGCGGCUGGACCAGCGCAAUGUGCCUUUUCAAGUGGACACAUCCAGUGACAGCCCUUUUCUCAUCAUCCCUCUGACCUUCUACCACAUCAUUGAUGAUAGCAGCCCUCUCAGAGCCUGGGCAGCAAAAGGUGGUGGCUGGACAGACCCUGAGCUGGCUGACUUUGAGCUGCUGGUGAUUAUGAGCGCCACAGUUGAACCAACCUCAGCCACCUGCCAGGUUCGAACAUCCUACCUUCCGGACGAGAUCCUCUGGGGCUACGAGUUUCCCCCCGUUGUUUCCCUGUCGCCCUCAGGGAAAUACGUGGCUGAUUUCGCCUUCUUCGACAAAGUGGCCAAAACCAAAACUCCGCCCCUCUUCAAGGCCCUGCCGCCGAGCCCGCCAUCACAGGCGUCCCGUAGCAAAGAGGACGGGAUGGACCUGGAGAAGAUGAGACUGGAAGAGAGCUACAGGGGGGAGGAGAGGGGGCGAGACAGGGGGCGCAUUAGAGAUAGCAGCCCACUGAGUGUGCGCAUUAGUAAUGUUUGAAGAGAGAGAGACAGGAAGAGGUUAAGGAAAGUUGAUAUGAAACUGAGAUAAAAGGUAAAGACAGGAAAAAAAAGAACCAAGCUGCUCAACAGAAGUCAAAUUCUCACAUGAGAACUGUCUUCCUCCCACUUACAUACACACACUCUGCCUACGCAAAUUCAAAUUGUGGACCACAUGGCAGGAAAGUAAACACCUGGGUGCCCUUUCACUGCACCAACUAACUACACACACACAUACACACACAGCGCUACUGUAACCACAAAUCUAUAGGGGAGAUACUGAAGAUGGCUGCAACCGACUUCAAAGGGAGCGAGUUCAAAACCCAACAUGUACAAAUGUACAGCGCUACAUCAAGUCAUCCAUAGAGACAUUUUCUAAACUUUUAUUUCUUUUUCUUUUUGGAAAGGACUUGAUUUACUGCAACUGGAAGAUACUGAAACACUGCAGAAAUCUCCAGGUCAUUUCUGUCUAUAAUUCAGAAAAUUUUUAUGACUCAAACUGCUCGUAAAAAAGAGUUUUUUCAAGAAUUGUCUAGAAAUGAGUGUCUGUUCCUUGAAACCAGAAUAACAAAACUGAACAGAAAAAGGUGAUUUUUGUUUUGAAACAUGUGGCGAAUAUUCUCCCCACACUUACUUGAGGGAAGAAUUUCUUACAGACAAAUUGACUUGAUGAGAUAAUUUCUGCAGUGAAGUAGAACGUCUGGUAUGGAUGUUAAUCACUGAAUCACAGUACUGUUCUUUUCCCUCUUUUUUAAUUAAUAAAACACCAGUAAAAGGUGGCAGAAAUACUGGAACAAUAUUAUUUUUUUAACAAGGGAUUUUAAAGGAAUGUAUCAUUUUAUCUACCUAGUCGUUUCUAACAACACUGUUACUUGUUACAUCUGAAAAUAUUAUACUCUUUGAUAUGAAUAUCUUUGUUUAUUGGGGUAAAUACUGUAUGUUUAGUAAUAUUACUAAAAGCACUUUAACUUGAAAGAAAAGUGGCAUUUUACACAAGGGGAAUAACUGAACUAACUCUGAUUUUUAAUGCACUGUAUUAAAUAAUUAAAUCUUGUGAUUAUGUUUGGGGCUUGUGAGUGUGAGUGUGUGUUUAUGCUUGCAAAGGGUAACUGUGUGUGUGUGAUAAUACUGUUUGUAUGAAGCUUUUUGUGACCUGUUUUAAAUUUUAUGUACAGUAUAUGUGUUUUAAUGUACCUCUGUACAGUAUGUGUAAAAUAUUUUCUCCACAUUCUUGACUUCAUGUCCUGACAUUUGAUACACAACUCUGCAUUUUCAGUAUACCAUAUUAAUUGUUUUUGAUGCACAAUAUUAUAUCUGUAAAAUAUAGUACACAUGUCUUUUUACUGCUGUUACUUUUUAUUUUUUCAGUGGUUAUGAAAGUGGGUUCUGCUAAUAUGUAUCUAAUCAACUACCUUUUUUCUAUUAGAUAAAUACAUAUAAGGAUCAAAAUGACUUUUUUCUCUUUUUACUGUACAUGGAAAUUGUAACUUAAAUGAAAUUGUGGUACUUGUUCUAGGGGAUUAAUUCAAUUGAUUGGUUAACACAGAAACAAAAUGUUUUGGGGAAUGGACCCCAUGAGGAACAUGCUAUUAAAAAUCUGUGAUAUAUUAUCACCUGAUGUUUAUCACCAAUAUCUCAAACAUAUAAAGCACAAGUUUUAGUUUUCAAGGGAAUCGAGGACUUACCAAGUAAUUCAAAUGUGUCGCAAUCUGUUUUAAAUUUGUGCUUUUGACUAUUAGAUGAAGUCCCAUUAUUCAAAUGAAAUCCUCUGCUGUUCCAUAGAAGCCAAGUAAAAAACAUUAAAAACAACUUAAAAUAUUUCAGAAUCAUUAUCUGGUGUGCUUGUUUAUACUGUAUCACCUGUACUGUGUACUGUAUAUGGCUCACACUGAAUACUGGAAGCUCAUCGGUCUGACUGGUAAUGUACUUUUUAAGUGCCUUCUUUAAUAAAUUUGUUAUUUACAAUA